CGCCGACCCCAGGCCAGGGCGGCGCGCGCUCUCCCACCCGCGCCUCUGGGGAUUCGCAGACGGCAGCGAGACUGGCCGGCGCGCUGGGCAUGCUCAGUCGCCCGGCGCCGGGCUCGCGAGUAGGAAGCCUGUGCUCGGUCGCCGCCGCCGAGCCGGCCGGGGCGCACGAAGAGCGCGCGGGACUCGCUUGCAGCGGCGGUCGGGCGGCGGUGGACCCGGGCCGAGACCGGAACCAAGACCCGCGCGGGGCACCCCGUCCGCCUGCCGCGGCUCCUGCUCUCUCGCACAGUCGUACAGUUGCAGGAAACGGGCCGACCGCGGCUGGCGUCGGGGAGGCGGAGGAACCGCGGCGGCCGCCGCUGCAUCCUCGCCGCCUGCCCCUGCCCGGCAGCGUCCCGGAGCCGUCGGGCAUGGAGCCGUGGAAGCAGUGCGCGCUGUGGCUCAUCCACUGCAAGGUGCUGCCCGCCAACCACCGGGUGACCUGGGACUCGGCGCAGGUGUUCGACCUGGCUCAGACCCUCCGCGAUGGAGUCCUGCUCUGCCAGCUGCUCAACAACCUCCGGGCGCACUCCAUCAACCUGAAGGAGAUCAACCUGAGGCCGCAGAUGUCCCAGUUUCUCUGUUUGAAGAACAUAAGGACAUUCCUCACGGCCUGUUGCGAGACGUUUGGAAUGAGAAAGAGUGAACUCUUUGAGGCGUUUGACUUGUUUGAUGUCCGUGACUUUGGAAAGGUUAUAGAAACAUUAUCGCGACUCUCUCGCACACCUGUAGCGCUGGCCACAGGAAUCAGGCCCUUCCCGACAGAAGAAAGCGUUAAUGAUGACGACAUCUACAAAAGCCUGCCUGAUUUAAUAGAUGAAACCCGUGUGGAAGAUGAAGAGGGUCUGUACGACUGUGUUUAUGGGGAAGACGAAGGUGGCGAAGUGUACGAGGACUUGAUGAAGGCGGAGGAGGCGCAUCAGCCUAAAUGUCCAGAAAAUGACAUACGGAGUUGCUGCCUAGCAGAAAUAAAGCAGACAGAGGAAAAAUAUACAGAAACAUUGGAGUCAAUAGAAAAAUAUUUCAUGGCACCAUUAAAAAGAUUUCUGACAGCAGCUGAAUUUGAUUCAGUAUUCAUCAACAUUCCUGAACUUGUAAAAGUUCAUCGGAACCUAAUGCAAGAGAUUCAUGAUUCCAUUGUAAAUAAAAACGACCAGAACUUGUAUCAAGUUUUCAUUAACUACAAGGAAAGGUUGGUUAUUUAUGGGCAGUACUGCAGUGGAGUGGAGUUGGCCAUCUCUAGUUUAGACUACAUUUCUAAGACAAAAGAAGAUGUCAAACUGAAAUUAGAGGAAUGUUCUAAAAGAGCAAAUAAUGGGAAAUUUACUCUUCGAGAUUUGCUUGUGGUUCCUAUGCAGCGUGUUUUAAAGUAUCACCUUCUCCUUCAGGAGCUGGUCAAACAUACCACUGAUCCUAUGGAGAAGGCAAAUUUGAAACUGGCUCUUGAUGCGAUGAAGGACUUGGCACAAUAUGUGAAUGAAGUGAAAAGAGAUAAUGAGACCCUUCGUGAAAUUAAACAAUUUCAGCUAUCUAUAGAAAAUUUGAACCAACCAGUUUUGCUUUUUGGACGACCUCAGGGAGAUGGUGAAAUUCGAAUAACCACUCUAGACAAGCAUACAAAACAAGAAAGGCAUAUCUUCUUAUUUGAUUUGGCAGUGAUUGUAUGUAAAAGGAAAGGUGAUAACUAUGAAAUGAAGGAAAUAAUAGAUCUUCAGCAGUACAAAAUAGCCAACAAUCCUACAACUGAUAAGGAAAAUAAAAAGUGGUCUUAUGGCUUCUACCUCAUCCAUAUCCAAGGACAAAAUGGGUUAGAAUUUUAUUGCAAAACAAAAGAUUUAAAGAAAAAGUGGCUGGAACAGUUUGAAAUGGCUUUGUCCAACAUAAGGCCAGACUAUGCAGACUCCAAUUUCCAUGAGUUCAAGAUGCACACCUUCAACCGGGUUACAUCCUGCAAAGUCUGCCAGAUGCUCCUGAGGGGAACAUUUUAUCAAGGCUAUUUAUGUGUUAAGUGUGGUGCAAGAGCACACAAAGAAUGUUUGGGAAGAGUAGACAAUUGCGGCAGAGUUAAUUCUGCUGAACAAGGGACGCUCAAACCAUCCGAGAAACGGACCAAUGGACUCCGAAGAACCCCCAAGCAGGUGGAUCCAGGUUUACCAAAGAUGCAGGCCAUUAGGAACUAUACUGGAAUGCCAGCCCCUGCUCUUCAUGAAGGACCCCCGUUACACAUCCAGGCAGGAGAUACAGUUGAACUUCUGAGAGGAGAUGCACACAGUCUGUUUUGGCAGGGUAGAAAUUUAACAUCUGGAGAGGUUGGAUUUUUUCCGAGUGAUGCUGUCAAGCCUUGCCCAUGUGUGCCCAAACCAGUAGAUUAUUCUUGCCAACCCUGGUAUGCUGGAGCAAUGGAAAGAUUGCAGGCAGAGACUGAACUUAUUAACAGGGUAAAUAGUACUUACCUUGUGAGGCACAGGACCAAAGAGUCAGGAGAAUAUGCAAUUAGCAUUAAGUACAAUAAUGAAGCAAAGCACAUCAAGAUUUUAACAAGAGAUGGCUUUUUUCACAUUGCAGAAAAUAGAAAGUUUAAAAGCUUAAUGGAACUUGUGGAGUACUACAAGCAUCACUCUCUUAAAGAAGGAUUCAGAACCUUGGAUACAACUCUGCAGUUUCCAUACAAGGAGCCAGAACAUUCAUCUGGACAGAGGGGUAACAGAGCAGGCAACAGCUUGUUAAGUCCAAAGGUGCUGGGCAUCGCCAUCGCUCGGUAUGACUUCUGUGCAAGAGAUAUGCGAGAAUUGUCCUUGUUGAAAGGAGAUGUGGUGAAGAUUUACACGAAGAUGAGUGCGAAUGGCUGGUGGAGAGGAGAAGUAAAUGGCAGGGUGGGCUGGUUUCCAUCCACGUAUGUGGAAGAAGAUGAAUAAAUUCCAAUCCAGCGUUGCGCCCCGCACCAGGAAUUUCAGAGAAGGGAUACACAGAAGCCUGCACAGCAUUAUGAAUUCACUGAAGUGUUUAAAAAGCUGCCUUUCUGGCUAUUCAACAUCCUCCCUCUUUUUCCCCUCCUAAGUCUUAAUGCUGGGGUUUCUAAAGAUGCUGGUACGGACAGAUUAAUGGCUCGCCUAGAGCUGUGCAAGAAACAGCCUGCCCGCCUGUCAUCGUCAGGGACCAGGGCAAAGCCAAAAGCUUUUCUUCCUCCUGCAAACACAUUGGUUCAUGUUUCUUUUUCCUUCGUCCAGUCAGACGCCAUGAAUGCCAGCCAGCCAUUAGUAAAUGCUUAACACAUCGUUACUUUCUUCUCACGUGCCAUUCACCAGAAUUUUUGAUGGUACAUAGAAGCAGAAGUUUAAUUUUGCCUUUCCCAGCAUGAAGAAAAAUGGGAGUUCUGCCACUGGGGCAGCUUAUUGGAAAGAUCCAGCAUUACUUGUCUUAAAUUGCUUCACAAGGUGACUCAUUGCCUGGCAAACACUUUUACCCCCCGAUGUUACUCAUGUUAAAAUAUAAGAGACAAAUGCUCAGGUUUGCUUCAUAAGUGAUAUUAUAUAGGAGGGGGGGUCCAUUAUUCAUUUGGUGUCCUGAUGAGAUUUGCAAACUUUUUCAUAAAAAGAAGACAUACAGAAGAGUACCUAAAAGAGUAUCUUCAUAUUAAAUCUUCACAACCUUCAUGAUUUCAUAGGGUUAUUUUGGAAAUGUAGUACUUCACUUAUGAGAUAAUCUUGGUUGGGUAUGUUUUAGGUAGUCACAAAUAAUCUGAAUUAAGGUGGCAUUGUUUACAGAAACAGACCAAGGGCUAUGAUUUAUAGUAAGUCAUUUUAGAGAAGCAACAUCUAUUAACAUAUGCCUUUUUCUCCCCUGACACCUCCCCCCCAGCCCCCUCUCCCCCCCCCACAGAAAAAAGACCUGCGAUAUAUUGCUGAUUCCCACAUUUUCCUAGAGGAUUUACAGUAGCACAAACAACCUUGUCGAGGAUUUUUGAAGGAAAGCACAGCAAGGUCCUUUAUGCAUUUCAGGGACAGAAGGAGGGUCACUAGGCUUUUCUGGUCUUAUUCACUGGGGAAUCCCAGCUCUCACUGAGGCUCUUCCCAUCUGAGGCCAUUUCUGGGUGUGUAUUAACCAGUGGGAAGAUCAGUCUGCAGUGCACUUAUUUGACCAAGUCUUCACCCUUUAUGUGAGGAGUCUAAGUACAUUUUUCCUGGGAUGUACAGAGUGCCCAGUCAAGACAGUCAAGUUAAGACACUAACUUGGCCCUUUCCUGAUGAAAUAUUUUCUCCAUAGCGGAAGUCAUGUUCUGACAAGACUCGGAGAGUGUUUGCAGAAAACAUUAUAAGCAUUAACUUAAUAGAGCCAAAGUAGGAACAUUUAGUUCUGAAAUUUUGGACCAUCUCUAAAAUGAGGUGGGCGUGGCUGGCCUUCUCCCCAACCCACUUGAGGGCCAGAACUUGAUGUUCAUUGGACACAUCUCCCUUUAGAGACCCUCGUGGGCUAGGACUUCUUAAAUAGAAUAGAUUCAGGACCUUUACCUCAGAAUUAUGUAAACUGUGAUUGUGUUUUAGAAAAGUUAUUAUUUGCAAAAACCAGUUAAGUUUUUGUAUAUGUGUAAAUGAUCAUGAAAUUGAGUUUUAUAAGAUGUUCUGUACAGUAAAGUUAUACCCUCAAGGUGUAUCUUGGAGUGGAUUCUUUCCCAUAAAGUCUUAUGUGCAACACUGUGUCUGGGGAAUGUUUUGUCUGUUACUGUCUGCCAAAUGUUAUGGAGAGGGCAGCUUCAUAAACACUCCUGUGUACAGUAUUGUAACUUGUGCUGUUUCUUUUAUUGUUGUUUUAGCCGAUAGACUCCCUCUCUUUCUUGUUGCAUUUCAUGGACCUGGGGGUUUCCCAGUAGAGGAUAGUAGAGUCCUUUUCAUGACGUUGCCAAUUACAUCUUUGUCUAUGUUUAAUACUUCAUAUUGGAAACUUUAAUGCUGCGAAUUUGUGUAGAUUUCUAAUACCAAAGACAGAAGUAAAUGUUUUUCCAUACUUUGUCUUGCCUGUAUGCAGCCCUGUGUAAUAUGGUGAAUUAGAGUGGUAUUUCACUUUGUAAUAUUUUGUAAAUAUGUCAAUAUAAUAAAUAGUUACUACUUGCAUUA